GUUUUAAGAUUCACCUCGUCGCUUUCCAUUGCAGUUGACGUAGCAGCAAAGCGAGAGCGUCGUCACGUGUGUUCUCUGCCGUCCUAUCUUUUGCCCCUUUUCAGGUUUUUCUUUCAGAUCUAUUCCUCCUCCUCCGUCAUCGUUAUUCCAGCGUUCCGUUCUCGGCGAACACACGCAUUCACUGCCCCGAUCCCAUCCCAGCUGCCACCAUGAUCGAGGACCACUCCGAGUACGGGCACAGCUACUACCCGAAGAAGUUAGCCACCUCCGUUCUUACGCUGCCGCAGCAAGGGGCGAGGCAGCAGCAGUGGAGCCCGUACCAAGACAACGGCGGCACGACGGCUGCAAUCGCCGGAAAGGAUUUCGUCAUCCUCGCCGGCGACACGCGGCUGAACGGCGACUUCUGCCUCCACACCCGCCACGAUGAGAGCAAGAUCUUCCAGCUGACGGACCGGACCUUCAUGGCGAGCAACGGGAUGCAGGCGGACCGGCUGCAGCUGCAGCAGAUGCUAAAGUAUCGCAUAAAGUGGUAUCGAUACAACAACGGAGGCAAGGUGCCCCCAACGAAGGCGAUUGCGCAGCUCAUGUCCACGAUGCUGUACCAUCGGCGGUUUUUUCCGUAUUACACGUUUAACAUGAUCGUGGGACUUGAUGAGGAGGGCCGCGGGGUGUGCUACAGCUACGACGCGGUGGGCUCGACGGAGCCCUUCACGUACGGCACGCGGGGCAGCGCGGCGAGCUUUGUGGAGCCGCUGCUGGACUGCUUGAUUAUGCGACAGCACAUGACGGGUCAGGCGCCGGCCGAUAUGUCCAAGGAGGAGGCGCUGGCGAUGCUGAAGAACGCCUUUACCGGGGCGGCCGAGCGCGAUAUCUUCACGGGCGACUCCGUGUCUUUCUUCACCAUCACGAAGGACGGCGUUCAGCGCGAGAGCUUCCCGCUGCGCAAGGAUUAG